AAGAAAAAUGCCAAAACCAAUGUGAAUCUCAGAGUCAAUGGCAGAGAAAGAAAGAUGCCACCACUGUUCUAUACCUUCACACAUUUUCUUCUGACAGAAAAAAAAGACCAAACCUUCUCUCUCUUCCCUGCACCUACUGAACUUGCUUUGUCUUCUUCAUUCACUCAUCUACUUCAAUCAUCACCAACUAAAAAUGCAACCUUUUUGUUUCAUCUUCUCAUUUUCUUUGACCCAUUUCAACCAUAACACUUCAUUUCAUCUCAAUUCUCAAAACAAUGCACCACAUUGCUACUUACCAUUGCAGGGGUACCUUAGUUUUGCUUCAUUAUAGAUCUGACCCAUCUAAGAUAAUCUAAAAAAGAAACCAUUUUGAUUUCUGUGUUUUGUUUUUUAGAGUGUUUCAAUAAUUUUCCUUCUUGUGGGUCAUGGGAUCCAAUACUAGCAAAGCCACUUCUACUACUACUACUUCUUCUUCUUCUUCAAGGAAUUUCAAGAAGAGUUGUUCUAAGGGAUUUAGAGGGUUUCAAUCAUAUUGUCUUGGAACUUGUUCUGGAUCUCAAGAUAGUGAUAAUGAAGACAAGGUUUGUGAUCAGAAUAAAGUAAAUGGCAGUGAUGUUACAUAUGCUGAUGACAAUCUAUCUGAGUCUUUUGGAAAGGUUAAAGCUGGUGAUAGUGACACUACUUGUAUGCCUAACAUCAACCUUGAUGAGUGUAGUGAAACAAGAAUCCCCGACAACACUUUGUCCAGAAGUCGUACCAGUUCUGUUCAUGCUUCUUCAACUCAUUCGUUGAAUUCUACUAGUCGAUUCCUUUCUCGGUUUGGCAUCAGUCCCGGUAAUAAAACCUUCAGACUUAGCAGAUUUGUUGGUUCGAGGUCAUCAAGGCCUUGUCCUGUUUCUUCUACAAGUCUCUCAGAAUUUGACAAUGGUGCUGAGCAUAAUCUACGUCCAGGACCUUGUAGCAGUUUGUUUAACAGAAAUGAAACACCUCGGUGUAAUGAAGAUAUUCCUAAUAAUUUAAGGUCAAAUGUGUCAGGAUCGGGUUUGCCUUGCAACAUUCAGAGCAAUCUCAGUGGUAGCAUUGGUGCAAGAGAUGAGUUGGAUGUAAACUUAUUUUCUUCGAGAAUUCGAGCGGAGACAGAACAAAUUGAGACUAGACAUGUAGAUCGACGAAACGGUGCUCGGGAACCAGUUGAGCAAAAUGUUCGAUUUAGUCGAACUUUAAGUGUUGGGAGGCUUCGUGACAGAGUUCUUCGUCGAUCAACAUUAUCUGACCUUACCUUAUUCCCUUUACAACAAGAGAGAGAACUGAGAGAUGAUAGUCAGAAUACUCAAAGGCAAGCAGUGGAGGCAGAUUCAAGAGUGUCACCAUUGGAUCAUAGCGAUGUUAGUUCUUCUACAUCUAGAUAUCCUCCAUCUAGUAUGUCUAACUCCAUGUUUAGCAAUCAAAACAAUGACGUUGAGACCUCGCGAUUGCGAGAAGGUAGGUAUCAGGAUCUACUAGAGCAUAGGUCCAAUUUCCUUGAACGGAGAAGACAAAUACGGUCACAGGUCCGUUCUCUUCGGCGGUUGGGUAGCCGCUAUGAAAAUCAAUCGGCACAUGAGAGAUCAUGUAUCUUGUCUGGUCAACAUAGAAGUGCUCGUUGUAUGUGCCGAUUAAGAAAUCGUGACACUAGUUCAAAUGAUGAUACCGGUGCUAGAGCUAGCAUAUCAAGAAUUGUUGUACUUGCGGAAGCCUUAUUUGAGGUUCUGGAUGAAAUUCACCAGCAAUCUGUGGUUUUAUCUUCCCAUCCAUCUGUAUCUUCUAUUGGAUCCGUUCCCGCACCUAUCAAUGUUGUGGAAUCAUUGCCUGUCAAGUUAUAUGAGAAGUUGCAUAAAGAAGAUACUACACAAUGCUAUAUAUGCCUUGUGGAGUAUGAGGAUGGAGACAGCGUGCGAGUUCUGCCUUGUCAUCAUGAAUUUCAUAGAACAUGUAUAGACAAGUGGUUGAAGGAGAUUCACAGGGUAUGCCCGCUAUGUCGGGGGAACAUCUGCAUUUCUGGCUCACCGCUGACUCGGAACUCUAGCGGCUAGUUUGUUGAUCUGCAUCUGGUUUGAAACACUUAAUCUUUUAUGUGGAGAAUAUCAGAAGUUGAUCUUAACUAGUGAAGAAUUAGAGUAGUUAAUUCAUUUUACAAGUCACAAUUUGAUUACUUUGUAAUAACUAGACAUUAGCUAUUUUCUCUAUAAAUAGCAGUUGUAACACUCAUUUUAUCCUAAUGAAAUAAUGAGCUUUUCAUUCCUUUGUUAGUUCAUAA